AACAUCCUCAUCAGUCACCACCCUCAUCAUUCCGAUCAACAUGGGACGCUGGGAUCACUCCUCCUUCUUGUCCCCUGCCCUGAGGCUAGCAGUCAUCACGGUCAUUCUCCUCCUCAAGCUCCAACCCUCGUCCGCCGGUGCGCCCCCUGAGCCGAGUGUGGCCGGUUCUGUUCCCGCUGUCCCCGCCAAUCACAGCUCCUGUGGCGAAGCUGAGGUGUGCUCCAAGGGGGUACUCCUCCCUGUUUGGGAGCCGCAAAACCCAUCGUUUGGUGACAAGGUUGCCCGGGCGACGGUUUAUUUCGUGGCUCUGGUCUACAUGUUCCUGGGCGUGUCGAUCAUCGCUGAUCGCUUCAUGGCAUCCAUCGAGGUCAUCACCUCGCAGGAGAAGGAGAUCACCAUCAAGAAACCCAACGGGGAAACCACCACCACCACCGUCCGGAUCUGGAACGAGACCGUCUCCAACCUCACUCUCAUGGCGCUGGGCUCCUCGGCGCCCGAGAUCCUGCUGUCCGUAAUCGAGGUUGUGGGUCACGGGUUCGACGCCGGUGCGCUGGGCCCCUCCACCAUUGUGGGCUCGGCAGCCUUCAACAUGUUUGUCAUUAUUGGGAUUUGCGUCUACGUGGUGCCCGAUGGCGAGACGAGGAAGGUUAAGCACCUCCGCGUCUUCUUCGUCACGGCCACCUGGAGUAUCUUCGCCUACAUUUGGCUUUACCUGAUCCUGGCUGUGAUCUCGCCAGGUGUGGUGCAGGUGUGGGAGGGGCUUCUUACGCUCUUCUUCUUCCCCAUCUGUGUGGUGUUCGCCUGGGUGGCCGACCGCCGCCUGCUCUUCUAUAAGUAUGUGUACAAACGCUACCGGGCCGGCAAGCAGCGUGGUAUGAUCAUCGAGACUGAGGGCGAUCGUCCACUUCCCUCCAAGGUGGACAUCGAGAUGGACGGGAAGAUGCUGAACUCUCAUGGUGUGGACUUCCUGGACGGCCCUCUGGGUUUGGACCUGGAUGAGAAGGAUCUGGACGAGGAGGAGACCCGCAGAGACAUGGCCAAGAUCCUGAAGGAGCUCAAACAGAAACAUCCUGACAAAGAGGUGGAGCAGCUCAUUGAGCUUGCCAAUUACCAGGUCCUGAGCCAGCAGCAGAAGAGCCGGGCUUUCUACCGAUGCCAGGCCACUCGGCUGAUGACAGGUGCUGGCAACAUCCUAAAGAAACACGCAGCUGACCAAGCACGAAAGGCCGUCAGCAUGCACGAAGUUCGUUCUGACGCCGGUGAAAAUGACCCCAUCUCCAAGAUCUUCUUUGAGCCCAGUUCCUAUCAGUGCCUGGAGAACUGCGGCACGGUGGCGGUGAAUGUUAUGCGGCGUGGUGGUGACCUGGGCAAGACAGUUUCGGUGGAGUUCCGGACGGAGGACGGCACCGCCAACGCCGGCUCGGACUACGAGUUCACAGAAGGUGUGGUGGUUUUCAAGCCUGGUGAGACCGUGAAAGAGAUCCGCGUUGGCAUCAUUGACGACGACAUCUUCGAGGAGGAUGAGAACUUCCUGAUUCACCUUUCCAAUGUCAAGGUGCUGACAUCAGAAGGCGAGGAGCCUGAGGAUGCAGAGUCUGCCAAUCACGUGGACUCGGUGGCCUGCCUCGGCCUGCCCUCUACGGCGACCGUUACCAUCUUUGAUGAUGACCAUGCCGGUAUCUUUACGUUUGAGGAGCCUGUAUACCAUGUGAGCGAGAGCGUCGGCACCAUGGAGGUGAAGGUGCUCAGAACCUCGGGUGCUCGCGGUGUGGUCAUGCUGCCGUACAAGACGGUGGAGGGAACGGCUCGAGGUGGCGGAGAGGACUUUGAAGACUGUCACGGCAUCCUGGAGUUUCAGAACGACGAGAUCUUUAAAACCAUCAAGGUGAAAAUCAUCGACGACGAAGAGUACGAGAAGAACAAAACGUUCUACCUGGAGAUCGGAGAGCCUCGCCUGGUGGAGACCAAUGACACCAAAGGUCAGCACGGGGAAGAUGGGCAGAAGGAGGCGGAGGAGGAGGAAGAGGAGGUGCUGACGGGGAAAGACGAGGAGGAGCGCCGCAUCGCUGAGAUGGGCCGUCCCAUGCUGGGAGACCACGUCAAGCUGGAGGUCAUCAUAGAGGAGUCAUAUGAGUUCAAGAACACGGUGGACAAGCUGAUCAAGAAAACCAACCUGGCUCUGCUGGUGGGAACCAACAGCUGGAGAGACCAGUUCAUAGAGGCCAUCACUGUGAGCGCAGGUGAGGAUGACGACGAUGAGGAGUGCGGAGAGGAGAAGCUGCCGUCAUGCUUCGACUACGUCAUGCACUUCCUCACCGUUUUCUGGAAGGUUCUGUUCGCCUUCGUCCCGCCCACAGAGUACUGGAACGGCUGGGCCUGCUUCGUCGUCUCCAUCUGCAUGAUCGGACUGCUCACCGCCUUCAUAGGUGACCUGGCCUCCCAUUUUGGCUGCACAGUGGGCCUGAAAGACUCAGUCACUGCAGUAGUGUUUGUUGCACUGGGAACCUCUGUACCAGACACAUUUGCCAGUAAGGUAGCUGCUAUCCAGGAUCAGUAUGCAGACGCCUCCAUCGGUAAUGUGACGGGUUCCAACGCUGUCAAUGUGUUCCUGGGCAUUGGGGUGGCGUGGUCCAUUGCCGCCAUCUACCACAGCAGCCAUGGGAGGGAGUUCAGGGUGGAUCCGGGCACGCUGGCCUUCUCCGUCACGCUCUUCACCAUCUUCGCCUUCAUCUGUGUCGCCAUGCUGCUGUACCGACGGCGGCCGGAGAUCGGCGGUGAGCUGGGUGGGCCGCGGACUGCCAAGGCCCUGACCACCAUGCUGUUCGUCAGCCUGUGGCUCCUCUACAUCCUGUUCUCCUCACUGGAGGCCUACUGCCACGUCAAGGGCUUCUAAGAUGGAAAGGACAGAAGGAGAAUGGGGGGAGGAAGAGGAAACCCAUUGGAAAUGGAUGAAUAGAAUGGAUUUGGAGAUGAAGAGGGCAGGUGUUGCAUGUAAAGAUGGAUGGAAGGAAUCAUGGCAUGACUGGGAGAAAAGACAAAACAAGGCUGUCUUAUUUAUCUAUCCAUCCCUCCCUUUUUACGCAAUAUAUUUAAUGAUGGAUGGAUGGAUGAUGUACGAAUGAAGGAGCGCCCAAAAACAGAAUGGAAGAUAAAACAGAUGAAGGAAAACGCCAGGAAAGAGCAUCUUAGGAGCGAGAGAUACAGCUCAGAAGAUGAAGAAAUGGUGGAAAAAGGAAAAAACGAGAAACGCCUGAAUCAUUUUUUUUUUUGUCUUGUCAACCAGUUCAGUGUCUCCCAAACCACCUGUUUGAAAUGACCUUCGCAUAUAACAACCCCCCAACUCUGCAAACGCAAGUACACACACAUACACACACUCACACAAAUUAUGCAUCGCUAUACAGAAAUCAAACUGAGUUUUAUCGGGACAAGGAGCGCUAACAUAGAAGUUCAAACAGACUCACAUACCUGCACACCCCCGCGGUAUCCGCUCAACGCCUGUGAGUGUGUGUGUGUCCUCCUGUCUACCAACUGGAGCAUAAAACAUGGACGGCAUGUCUUCAACUACAGCAAUCCUGCUACUACCCCUCCUACUGCAACAGCUACUACUCCAACGUGCACCUAAGUCAACGCACACAGACGCAAGUGAGACAGAAAAAAAGACAAAAUAACUUUAUUGACACUGCUGUCCCAAAUGGUCAGACGGUGGUCUGUAUUAGUAUGUAUAUGCAUGAACAGACAAAACUGAAACACAAUCAGAAAAUGGAUAUAUUACUGCAACUCUUCAAUGAAAACCAACUGUGUGUGGGUGGGUGAUUGUGUGUGUGUUUGUGUGCGUGUGUGCGCACGCGUGUAUGUUGUGGGAAGAUGGUCAAGUACUGUAAGAAAUGCCUGGUAUGAAAAAGGUUGGAUUUCGAGGUCUUUGGCGCUAACUCUGCCAACCUGUAGAAACGCUUAAUAGAAUUUUUCUUUUUUUUUUUUUUCUUCGCAGGAGGGCGCAUUCAACGAAAAGCGAAACGUUCAGAAAACGUCACCGAGGAUAGAAAUGUAAAUACACAGAGCUGAACGUACAUUUACAGCUGGCGCGCUUUUCUCUCUGAAUGUCUUGGCUGCGUGGCGCGCUCCUGAACGGGCCCUCUUGCCGUUGUUUGUAGUUUGCUGUAUAGUUGUAAUGAUAUAAGGUCUAAUUUGAACCGAGAAGGGGUUAGUGUUCUUUUACCUUUAAUAAGGCUGUGUCUCAGAAGACCAAUGGCCGCCGUACCGUUUGAAACUGUUAGAGAAACUAUUAUCAUUGCAUAAAAAAAAAUCUAAGUUCAUUUUUUGUUUUUUUAAACCAGUGAAAUUGUGUUCCCUGGUUUUCAAACAAUGGGAUUGCCACCAUUAAAUGUCAGUCAUUAUGUUGCAAGAGAUUUCAAAAGCGUAGGUACCGCCUGCUGUGAAUCCUCAUGGGCUAUCUGUUCCUUCACCGCGUCUGUCAUUGGUUAUCUAAGUUGCCUCUUUCUUACUGGCUAAAGCAUCGCUCAGCAGCUUCUGUCAUUGCCCCUGUGUGUCUUAACGCACCUCCCUCUGGCUGGUCUGUGGACCAAUCAAAAAUCCUCAAGGGCUUUAUAAGAGACAACCACUAAUCCCCCAACCCUGAGCCUCGACUAGUCACUCUUUGUAUGGGUUGGUCAUUACGAGACUCCUUAACUUGAUACUUAUCCCGACUUAACAUUUCACACCACAGAGUCCAAUCAAGGCAGGUCAGCUUUAAUGCCACACCGGCUGCUUAGCUGUUAGGAAUUUGCUUCAGUGGGGGCUUAAACGUCAGUGACAGUCAUAAAACAGCAUAAAAGUACAAUUAGGAUCACCAGGACGUUUGAUAAACUGGAUAGAGAGAUCUGAUGAUCCGAAGUGCUCAGUCAGACAAGCUCGGUAGACGUUCAGGAAAGCAAGAGUCCCAGUUAAGCAUACUAUGCUCUAAUCCCUUCUGAUGCCACUCAGUAAUGUGUUUCCUACCUGGAGAGAAGUGGAGAUGGUUACAAGGGUGUUUGGGGGUUCUGAAAACACUAGGAACACUAUUGAGGGACACUACCUAACACACAUAAUUUCUCCCAAUUGUCAUGCCAUGUUGUAAACCUUGUCAAGCGCUGCGCUGGCUCUUAAACCAUUGUAGUUAUCACUUUUUGCUUCGAGGAGCAUGAACUUUAUGAACAAUAGACUUUGACUCAAACGGCUGUCCAGUGUGCAGUGAACAAGGCUCUGCUUCAAGAGCUGCAAUAUUGCCGGCGCUUGCAGUGGGACGCCAUCAGACCUGAGGCAGCAGUGGCCAAACAUGUCCUAGCGCCUUUUCCAAGCUGGUUAGCUUUCUUCCAGACACUAACUGGCUGAGAUUCUGCUCUCCCUGGAGGCCGUCCUCCUUUAAUGAUGUAGUCUUUAACAGACAAGGAAUAUCCUGAAUAUAUCUCAGUUUCUAAGGAUUUUUGGCCAAAGUCAGCUCUGUCAAACACAUAAAACUGGCCCAAUAAACAGGCCCAAAACCUAUCUUGCAGUACAUAUAUGUGGAAUAUAUAUGUUAUAUGUUUAAGACCAAUCAGACUAUCAAAGAGGUUUACAUUUCAGACUGUUAACUACUUGAUCAGCCAAAACUACAGAGAUCUCAGCCUGCACACAACUUUCAUGUAGGCCUUCUAAAAGUCCACAAUUUGUAAGCCAAGGGCACUGUACUGUAUGCAUCUGAAGUGGUCAGAAUUUUUCCUGCUGAUGUGAUGUUUUUUUACUUGAUGUGUAAUAUAACAGUAAUAUUCUAAAUGUCAUCUGUAGAAUAAGUAAUCAGAGUUAGGUAUAAUCCAUUUAAAAACUUGGCAUCGAUUUCCCCUCUUGUCACUGACAGAUGUCUACCCCUUGUGAGAGAUUAGAGUAGAGCGGAUCCAUGGAUUGUAUAAGAGUUUGGCAAAUCCAUCCAGUAAAGACAGCCAACAUGAUUCUAGUAGGCUUUGUAACAUGGCAUCUCAUAAAUAAUGCUAAAUGACCGCAUAAUAUGCCUAUAUAAAGAACCACUGCAGAGCGAUCACUGAUUGUAAAUUGCAGUAGAUAUUCAUUGAGAUGAAUUUUGAUCGCUGCGGUUUCCAUGGGCAGCUAAGUGUACACUUUAUGAAGGACACGGUUAUUUUCGUCUAACACUCCAUGGCUCUUGAGAAGUUGCAUUAACAUGGCCGCCAUGCAAUUUGGCUUGAAUUCACACCAUCAGAUGCUGCGCUGUAAGACUACAUGGUGUGUAGAGAACCUGAGGAAAUACGCUCUAAAACGGAAAGGUUCUUUGACCGUGGGACCGAAGUCUCGUCUUUGCCAAACUCUGUGCAAUCGGUGGCUCUCCUUUAGAGUAGCUGUUCUCAUGCGAAGGCCUUGGAGUGGCAGUUUACCCCCUGUUUUGCCAAAGGGAAAACUUUGUACCAGAAACUUCCUGUUUGCAGUCAGACUUUGAGGGUUUUCUAACCAAUAGAUCUUUCUUAAAACACCAAAUAUUACUCAUGUUCCAUCGACUCACCGAAGAGAGACAAAAAUAACCUUGACAUUGUUUUAGAUCUCAGCAGAACAUUUCUGCUAAAUUUGUAUCCAUCUGUCUCUUCACUGGCAGGGAGCCGGAGGUUUGUACACUGUAGAAACUAACGCUAGCAUCUGUGAAAUUAUGAAUAACAUUGUGGAAAUUAUUAGCAUCACUUCUUGAGUUGAGUCCAACAGGGUAUACAGUAUAUAUAAAGAAAUAGCUCAAUAUUAUGUUGGACUUAAAAGGUGGCUGACUUAGUUUGAGCUCGCAGUAACGUGGCUGAGUUGUUUGGAGCUAAUCCGCUUGCAGCACAGUUUGCCCGAAGCUCCUGUUUUUCAUUAAGAAGUUAGCGCUUUUUGCGAGCCGCACCUCUCCCUGUGCAUCUGCCCCGACUGAAGCUAGUCUGACGUGAAGCCGAUCACGGAUGAACAUUAGCUGGGAGCGUUGGGACCACGACGGGAAGUUAACGCUAGCUGCCAGCCAAAUAUUGGCGGGAAAUUUGGCGGGAAAGUUGUUUGACCCACUUUACAAGUGGACAGGCAGUCUCUUUCUGUCUGGCUUCUUUCUGGCUCUUGAAUUUUUGAACCGCGAGUUGCUGGCAGGGGGGAUGAAGAGGUUUGUUUCCUGCUUUGGCUUGGACUCAUGAAGCUUGGGGUAUUUGAGUCAGGGGAUUGCCAGCCUGACACUGUAAAUAUAACACUAAGAGGAAGGACAGAGUAGAUCAGUGAGCUGUAGAAUACAGUGCAGUCUUUUUUUAGUUUCUUCUGGGUUAGGGUUUGAAGAAGGGGCUGGGGGGUCAAACUGAAGGAAAAGCAUUGCACUGGUUCUUGUCGCUAAUGUGAAACGGCCGCGACGCCGUUUCGAUGUAAACAUUAACAAUGUUGCUUCUGAUGUAAAGCAGCGAUUUUGUUUUUUUUUUGGCUCUGAUGUAAACAAUAACUAUGUUGUUUCUGAUGUAAAAAAAAAAAAUGGUGUUGAAUCAGUUGUGAACCAAUAAUGUUGCUUCUGGUGUAAAGCUUGAUGACCCGUCGUCGACGCUUCGCUCACCUCUCGACUGACCGUCUGUCCGACAAAACUGACGAACGGGCGGACCAGCGAGCAAACAGACGGACGAAUGGACGGACGGGCGGACAAAACGCCCCGCACCGGUACUAGCCGAGCGACCUCGGGGGGGCGAGACGUCGCUGCGGCGAUGACAGCCCGUCCGCCGCCAGACUCAUCCGCUGUCCUUAAAAGUCAUAUUAACGGAGUGCAAUGCAAAAGGAUGGCCAUAAGGAGAGGACGGGGGAGAAAGAGGAGGAGGAAGAUAAUUAAAAAAUUGUUGAGAGGAAAAAAAAAAAAAAGAAAAACGUGAAGUUACAGCCAUACAUUGAUUUCUGGGUCAGUGAGAUUGAAAUGGACUUCUCCAGCCCAGCAUGUGUUGUUAUGGUGUCUGUCUGUCCCUCUGUCUCUCUCUCUCUCUCUGUCUCUCUCUCUCUCUCUGCUGCCACAGUAACCAAAACGGGCAGUUCUUAUUUUCUCCCCCUCCCUCCUCCUCUUUUCUUUUUCACCCUCCGUCUCCCUUUGCCAUGUUUUCCAUAUUUGGGAAUGUCAAUGUGCUACUUGUUGACACUGUGCAUGAAUGAUAACAUGUCUGUACAUAGUUAUAGAAAAUCGUAUCCCAUUCCCCUGGUGUUGACAAAAAAAAAAAAAAACUGGUUUGAAUGUUGUAUAGAUUCAGGUUUUCCGUUCGUCUUUUUACUCCGUUCCGUUACAUUUCUAUGUCCAUAGAGCUUGACGACGGUAUGGUUUGAAUUCUGACGAUUUUUUUUGUUUUGUUUUGUUUUGUUUUAUUUUGGGGUAACAUUAUCGAUUUAAUUAAAUUUCAGAGUUUAAAUAAAAAGGCAAUAUCUGCUGUUAUUGAAUGAGAGAUGAGAUCUUAAGGAGUUAUGUAUCUUAAAUAAAUCUAAAUCUAUACGGGAGUUGCAUGGGUUAUUUGUACCAAAAAAAACAAACAAAAAAAAAAACAAAAAGAAAAAAAAAACUGACACUGCUUGCUACUUCUAAUACCGUGGCUGUAUUCUCUGACAGUGGGCAAGGAAUAUGUACAUCUAAAGGUUAUUUUGUCAUUAAAGAGAUAAUAAUAUUGUGUAUAUACUGUACAGUGUUAUAAGUGAGGUGGACUAUAUGGCCGCCAUGCUAACCGUAGAGAAUUAAUUCUACAUGAUAUUUAUUUAAAGGAAAAAAAACACUCACUACACUCAAGAAUGACAUAUAUUGCCUUUUUGGAGAAGUAGUUUGCUUUAAAGCUUGUUUCUGUGUCUCUGCCUCUCUCUCACUCUCUCUCUUUCCUUUCAUCCUUCCAUCAUUUUAUCUGUCUCUCCCCGUCCCUCCCCUUUCUCCUCCACAGCUGAUGUUGUUUUUUUUUUUUUUUCCUUUCUCCGUCAUCUGUUUUUCUUCUCGGCGGGCCGCUUGCCGUGUUUUCGCCGCUCUCAAAACAAGUGAGUCAGAUUCUGAGUCAGACGGUGUCACGUGUGCCCGUCUGUUGUCCCGCCUGUCUGUCUGACACGUGCCUCCCCCUUACCUGAGACCCUCUGUCUGUCGGCGGGCCUGUGUGUCUGUGUACGUACCCGUCUGUCUGUCCGUCCUCAGUCCGUCCACGUGUCUUCACUGGGGGUCCCUCAGAACCGUUCUCAUGAUCGCUAAAAGCCCCUUUCUCUCCCUUCUUUUUCUGUCUUUAUCGAUUAUUUUUCCAUCCUCCCUGCCCCCCUUCUCUCUCUCUUCUUCUUCUCUUUUCCUCCCUCCAUCACUUCUUUCCUCUCUUCUCUCACACAAGGGUGUAGUUGGGGAUUUUGUUUCAUUGAUUUGGUGUGAUUUUUAAAAUGAAACAAUAACCGCAAUGAACAUAAUGUUGGUAAUGAUGAAGACUUUUUUUUGUCGUUGUUGUUUUUCAUUUUAAAUUAAUUAAAUUUUUUUUCUUAUUUUGCCGCUGUUCUCUGUGUGCGUGCGCGUGUGUUGGUGACUUUUUUUUUUUUUUUUUAAUUGAUUUAAUUUUUGUUGCACACCAACUGAUAGGAAGGACGUUGUUGUCUGUGUGUUGCCACUAACUGUGACUGCUAUCCAUGAUACAUGGUACUUCUGACACCAUCAAUAAAAUAAAGUUUGGGAUACCCUGUUUCAGAGA